AUCGGAUAAUCCGGAUACACCAUAGCUUCGUUUAUCUAUUUAAAGAUGAGGGUGGAUGUGUACAAAAACACUAGAAGAAUGAACAAAAUCAUCUGUUUUUCUCUUCACUGCCUCAUAUUUUCCCUCCCUUUCUCGCCCGUAAAUUCUCGAGAAAAUGGAGCAAGCUUGAUCGACACAACUUGCAAAACAACGCCCUUUUACAACCUCUGCGUCUCGGUGCUCCAAUCGGACCCUCACAGCUCGAGCGCCGACAUACCGGGACUAGCCCAGAUAGCAGCGAACCAAGUGAAAGCCAAAGCCACCGCAACGCUGAAACAGAUCACGAAUUUACUUAAGCAAUCCAAAGAUCAAAGCUUGAAGAAGGCUUUGCUCGACUGCGUCGAUUAUUACAACGCCAUCGUCGAGUACGACGUUCCGACCGCCAUCGAUGCCGUCGUGAAAGGUGACCCUAAAUUUGGGGUACAGGGUUUAAACGAUGCGGCCAAUGAAGCUCUGGCUUGUGAGAGGAGAUUCGAGAAGCAGCCCAAGUUCCCGAUUGAAGGUGAUAAUAAGGUGGUGCAUGAUCUUUCGGCUGUGGCUUCUUCCAUCGUUGCCUUGUUGCUCUGAAUCUGAGUGCCUUCAUCUUUUCUUUUUCUUUUUUGGUUGUAAUGGUGUAAGAAAUUCUUCAUGAUCUAGCUUUAUGUUUGGAAUUUACAGCUUAUGUAUGCUUGCUACUGAGAUGGUAUAUGGAAAGUUAAGAAAUCAAUUAAGUAUUCAUGAAAAAA